GGGUAGGAUACAUAGACACACAUUUUAAGAAAAUUUCCAAUUGCGGUUCAUUUGUAUUAUGCGUAUAGAAUAAUCCUAAAUUAAUAGAAAGGUUGCCUGUGAAAAGCGUCGAGGGUAAAAUUUAUUGCAUUUUUAUCCAAGUUGAAGAUAAGAUUUAACCUGUAACACACACACAAAAAGAAUCAAGGUAAUUGAUGGGUGAAGCUUAUGCAGUCUUUGGAUUAACCUUUUCCAUACUUGGUAUAAUCCACUUAGCUCUCUUUGGAUUUAUGUUUGACCAUAAUGAUAUUUCUUUCGCAUUAGUAUCGUCUGAGUCGGGCUGGGAUGCAUCCGAAAAGGCAAAAGUAUGCUACCGAGGUGCCAUUAUUUAUACCUUUACUAUGAUACUUUCUUUAAUACUAGUGUUGUAUUUCAAGUACGCUAAACCAGCAAAUAGACUAGUAAGAGAGACUGAGCUCGUCUGAGGGGUUCAAGGAUCGCUGAAUGUGCCUCAAAAAUGCUAAAACGAACCUACAAUCUGAAUAGGUCCCCUUUAAGCUUCCUAUUUAAUGAUUAGCCAAAUAGAAAGGUUUGUCAAUCUUUUUCUACUCUUGAGCGUUUUCCAUUAUUUUUUCGAGUGAUUUUCUAACUUCCUGAGAGAGGUCUUAAUUGCUUAAAUUGAUGUCCGUUGGGAAAUAAUGCCAGUAAGCGUGACAGUGAACUAUUUCGAAUGCAUGUAAAGUGUGAAGGCGUUCAGUUUGAAGAGAUAUGUAGGUCUUCAUUAAAGACUAGGUUGCUCAAUUUUCAAAAAAAGCAAAUUUUGUUU